CAGUCAGGCUGGUUCAAGGGACCAACCGGUGCUCAGGCAGACUGGAGGUGAAGACCAACCAGUCGUGGUCCUCAGUGUGUGAAAAAGACUUUGACCUGCAGGAUGCAAAGGUGGUCUGCAUGGAGAUUGACUGUGGGUCUCCUUCAGUCCUCCAGGGGGCGCUCUAUGGAGAAGCAGAGGCUCCAGUGGGGAGCAGAGAGUUCCUGUGUGAAGGCAGUGAGUCUGCUCUGCUGAACUGCAGCAGCAGGAAGAGUUCAGGUAGAAACAGCUGCUCACCUGGUCAAGCUGUUGGACUCACCUGUUCAGAUCAAGACAACUUCAGGUUGGUGGGAGAGGCCAGCCGAUGUGCUGGGAGACUGGAGAUGAAACAUCAAGAAGAGUGGAGACCAGUGGAUGCUUGGGAUCAUUACUGGAACAUGAACUCAGCUGCUGCAAUUUGUGCUCAACUGGACUGUGGUUCUGCUGUUUCAGAAAGAAAUUCAUGGAUAGCUUCACAGAGACCAGUUUGGAAGAUCUGGUCUGACUGUUUCCAGUCAGGAUCUGCAUUAAAGAACUGUUUACCUGAUUAUGUAAACAGUGAUAAGAGCCAUGAGAUCAUCUGCUCAGGUCUGCUGGUUGAGCCGCUCAUCUUCCUCUCUCCCUCCACUGACGGGGUUUCCACAGGCAGAAAGCAGGGGUCUGAGCUCCUCAUUGGAUCAAGUUUCAGCAUCAUGUGCUCCAUCAGACCUCAGUAUGAAGGCGGCUCCUUCCAGCUCAUCUUCAGCACCUCUAACUACACUCAGAACCACACCCUGCCAGCUGUUAAUCACUCCGCCCUCUUCCUGUUCUCUGCUGCUGGCCACGCCCACCAAGGAACCUACCGCUGCGUUUACCACGUCUACGUUCUCUCCUAUAACUUCUCCUCUAUGAGCCAGCCUCUCAACCUCACUGUCUCAGUUUCAGCCUCUCUCACUGCUUUGAUCAUCAGACUGGUUGUCGUCCUGCUGGGUUUGCUGGGAUCAGUCCUGGUCCUCUACUUUAAGGCCAAGAGAAACCAGAAGUCUGGACCAGGAAACAACCAUCAUGAUGAAGGAUCCAGAGCUGAAGGCAGCUUAGAGGAGGAGACUGCAGUCUGAAGGAACCAGGAGAAAAUGAUCUUCAUUUCACAUCCACAGGAAGGAGCAGAGAGAUGUUUCAGACUCCUGGAAAUCUAUCCGUCUAUGUAUCUAUGAUAAAAUGUCUCUGUGCUCCUGCAGCAGGAAGGAAGUUCAACAUUCAGAAAUUUGUAUCUGGACUAAACCUACUUAAGUAAAACCUAUAUAAGAAGGGAACACAAAACAUUCAACAAACAAAAUAUAACAGAAAACCCACUUCAUCAAAAUCUGAUCUUACUCAACCUUGCAAGGAUAACAUAUGGUAGAAUAUUUAGGGGUCAAAGGUCAGGUAGCCAAUUCAUCAGACAAUGUGGACAAGCUGCCUCCGAUCUUCUACCAUGAUAAAGUUAACUAUGUAGUCAACAUGAAGAGUGUAAACGCCGUAAACGAGCUUCACUGCCUGAAAUUCAUGGACGCAUAUAAUUAGUAUUUCAACAGCUUUGUUAAGGAGAUAAAAACUCUCUGUGUGAAUAAUGAGGUUCUGGUGACUGGAAGACCAAGUACAUGUAGCAACAAACAUUUAGGCUACAUGUCUGCUUAUCUUGCAGAUGGGAUGGAAAAUUUUAUGGUUACUAUGAUUAUAAAUGAAUCGAUUCAUAACAGUUUUAUGGUUCUUGUGUAAAGCAUGUGCUCAUGGGAAAGUCUUCUGAAGCUGUUUCUCUGAACUUUUUAUUAGAAAGUUGUAUAAUAUUUUCUUCUUUG